AUAGAGUAUAGACAACACAAUAACAUAAUAAUAAAACAACCAACUUAACAUUAACACAACACAACAUAGUGAGAGAGAAGAAGAAGAAGAAGUAGUGAGUAGUAGUAGUAGUAAAGAAGUGCAUGUGUGGGCUUAGCUGUACUUUGGCGGAAUUACCGGUGCUUGCUUACCCGUAUCAGUCUUUCACCCUUAAUUCUCUCUCUCUCUCUCUCACUUUCAAUAUAGCCACCACCACCACCACCACUGCCACCACCAUUUGACAUAACCCAUCAUCAAUAUUAAUAUUAUACUAUAUAUUUUCUUUCUUUUUUUAUUUUCUCCAAAUUUAAAUGUUUUCGUUUUUUCCCUCUGUCUUCCGUUUCGUCAACUCAAUAACCAGGAAGGAUUCAGAGUAGGUAGAAAAACAACAACACACAACAACAACAUUUCUCAUCAAUCAAAACAUUGCUUCCUCAAUAAAAUCAAACCACCCUUGUCUCUCUCUCUCUCUCUCUCUCAUCCAGGAACAUGCUAAACUUUGGAUCUUUGGGUCAGCGUUGAUUGAUUAAUAAUAAUAAUAAUGGUGGCAGUGGCAGUGGAUCGAAGAUUCAUAUUUUGGUUUGGGUUAUUGCUUAUCUUUCUAUGUUUUGAGGUAACAUUUCAACAAAUUCAGCCAUUAAAUUCAACUAAGGAACGAGAAUCACUUCUUCAACUAAGGGCUUCUUUGGGUUUAAGAACCAAAGAAUGGCCAAGAAAACCAGACCCUUGCUUAAUCUGGGAUGGUAUUACAUGUCAAAAUGGUCGUGUUGUUGGGAUCAAUAUAUCUGGUUUUAGAAGAACAAGAAUUGGUAGAAGAAACCCUCAAUUUUCUGUUGAUGCUUUGGUUAAUUUCACUUUAUUGCACACUUUUAAUGCUUCCAAUUUCUAUCUUCCUGGUACUAUUCCUGAUUUCUUUGGUCUUAGGCUCAAUUCGCUUCGAGUACUUGAUCUUCGUUCGUGUUCUAUUGUCAAUGCUAUUCCUAACACUAUUGGGAAUUUGACUAGUCUUACUGCUCUUUAUCUUUCUGAUAAUAAUCUUACUGGGACUGUUCCUGAUAGUUUAGGUCAACUCUCCGCACUUUCGGUUCUUGAUCUUUCCGGGAAUUCUUUUACUGGAAGUAUACCGGAAUCUUUUGGUUUUCUUAAAAAUCUUUCUUCCCUUGACUUGUCUGCCAAUUUUUUUUCCGGGGCUAUUCCUUCAGGUAUAGGGACUCUUUCCAGGUUACAGUAUUUGAACCUUUCUGGUAAUGCCCUAAAUUCUUUGCCUGCGAAGUUGGGAGGUCUAACUAGCUUGGUUGACCUUGAUCUUAGUGAGAAUUCUUUCUCAGGCGGCGUUUUUCCUGAUUUGAGAGGGUUGGGGAACUUGAAGAGAAUGAUACUUGGAAACAGUAUGCUCAAUGGACAAUUGCCGGCGGACUUGUUUACUGUUUCAUUGCAGUUGCAGACCGUAGUUCUGAGGAAAAAUAAUUUGACUGGUUCUUUGCCUGAUGAGUUGUGGUCUCUGCCGAGAUUGACUUUCGUUGACGUGUCUUCCAAUAGCUUCAGCGGUCUGCUUCCCAAUUCUAGUUCCGAUGCUGUCGGUUCUACUGUUGCAGUGCUCAAUAUUUCUCAUAACAAGUUUUAUGGAGGUCUCACACCUGUGCUCAGAAGGUUCCGUUUUGUUGAUCUUUCAAACAAUUAUUACGAGGGUAAGGUUCUAGAUUUCAUGCAUAACGUAUCAAUAGAUAGUAACUGCCUACAGAAUGCGACAAAUCAGAAGUCAACGGUGGUAUGUACGUCAUUUUAUGCUGAUAGGGGCCUCACUUUUGACAAUUAUGGACGACCGAAUACGACAAAAACCGCUGGGAAGAGUAAUAAAACUAAAAUUAUAUUGGCGGCAGUCUUGGGUGGACUGGGUUUACUUGCACUUUUGGUCUUGCUACUGGUACUGUUGCUUCUGUACACUCGUAAGAGGGGUAAUUCAAGUCCAAGGGGAAAUGGUGUGGGCCCUGCUCCUGCUGGAGCCAGUCCUCCGCCUCCUGGUGUAUCGGUAAACCUUGCAAAUGCAGGAGACUCGUUUACGUAUCAUCAGUUGCUUCAGGCAACAGGAGAUUUCAAUGAUGCAAAUCUUAUAAAACAUGGCCAUACUGGGGAUUUAUUCAAUGGUGUUUUAGAAAAUGGGGUUCCUGUCGUCAUCAAAAGGAUCGACAUGCGGUCAACGAAAAAGGAUGCUUACCUAUUGGAAUUGGAUUUUUUUAAUAAGGUUUCUCAUCAAAGAUUUGUUCCCUUAUUAGGUCAUUGCUUAGAAAACGAGAACGAGAAGUUCCUGGUUUAUAAAUAUAUGCCGAAAGGGGACUUGUCUAAUUGCUUAUUCUUCAAAAACACCACAUCAGAAGAUGGUACUUUGCAGUCAUUGGACUGGAUAACUAGGUUAAAGAUUGCUACUGGAGCAGCAGAUGCCAUAUCGUAUCUUCAUCAUGAAUGUAUUCCACCUAUUGUUCACAGAGAUAUUCAAGCGAGCAGUAUACUUCUCGAUGACAAGUAUGAAGUUCGGUUAGGGAGUCUAAGUGAAGCCUGUGCUCAAGAAGGUGAUACCCAUCAAAGUAAAAUCACCCGGUUUCUGCGACUGCCUCAGUCUUCUGAACAAGGCGCAUCUGGUUCAUCAACACCAAUUUGCGCCUAUGAUGUUUAUUGCUUUGGGAAAGUGUUACUUGAACUGGUGACUGGUAAGCUGGGAAUUAGUGCAUCCAGUGAGGGUGAUUUAAAGGAUUGGCUUGAUCAUAUUCUCCCUUGCAUUAGCAUGUAUGACAAGGAGCUUGUGACUAAAAUCGUUGACCCGUCUAUGGUUGUGGAUGAGGAUUUCUUAGAAGAAGUGUGGGCAAUAGCCAUUGUUGCCAGGUCUUGCCUAAACCCGAAACCUUCAAGACGACCUCCAAUGAGAUAUGUUUUGAAGGCUUUAGAAAACCCUUUAAAAGUUGUAAGAGAAGAAAGUUCGAGUUCUGCACGGCUUAAAGCAACCUCUUCUCGAGGCUCUUGGAAUGCUACAUUGUUUGGUAGCUGGCGUCAGAGUUCGUCUGAUGUAACCGCAGUCCCUACAGCUUCCGGUACAAAAUUAGAAGGAGCUAGUAGUUUGAAGCUUUCAGCCACUAGUAGUUCAUCCUCGCGGAGACGUCAUUCAAAUGAGAUAUGCCCUGAGCCAUCAUUUCGAUUACAUGAUGUUGAGCGGCUGGAGCAUGAAUAAAUAGAGGCUUAAAUUUAAAACUUUUUUCUUCUUUUAGUUCACCAAUACCCUUAUGCUGCUCUUAUUGGUGUCUGAGCUUUACUUAGGGUAUUUUUGGAACUAAAAAGUGCUCAUUGCACAUUUCAGCAGACAAAUUGGCACUAAAAUUCCUUGAAACACAUGAUACCUUUCAAAGGGGAAACAUUGUUUUUGUUUUCAGUGGUUUUGGACACAAACUUGUGGAGAUAUAGAUGUAGAGUGGAGAGAAGACCAAAUUGGCAACUGCUGUGGUAGAUAUGGAUACCUCUUUGACUGCUUGUUUUGCACAGAGACAAGCUCCAUUUUUUCACCUGUAAUUGAAUUUUUUUUUACCCUUUGUCCCGAGUCUUUUCGUGAGUGUACAUUUUGGAUUCGGCACCUCUAAAGUAAAGUAAGUAAUCUCAACCAUUAAUGAGAAAAUUAAGGGUUGAUAAAUUCAACAUACUCAUGAUUUGUCAUGUAUGUACAUGCCAUAUUGACCAUUGAUUUAUUUAUCAAUAGUUGAUAUUACUUACUUUAUACUUUAAAUUGACUUACUCAUUUUAAAGAAAUAGAUUCUUAAAUUUAAUGUGUAA